AUGAACAACCUACCACAAUCGGUUCAAAAAGUAUUGGAAGGGAGGAUCGAUCCCAAAUCUCAACAUCUUCUCGAACAAUUCUCUCAGACAUUUCUGAUCAUCCUGACCAUAAUAUCAUUCAUAUCUUCUUAUUUCUCAAGCUCAGUGAUCCUGGGGUUAGAACUCUUCUUAGGUGGUUUGGUCAUUCUCUUACUCGCUGCAGUUCCUCCUUGGCCAUACCUCAAUCGAUAUCCUAUAAAAUUUCUACCAGUGAGGAAAUUACAUCAGACUUGA